AUGUCGAAUUCUGAUGAUGGCGUCGACAACGACGAUGAUGAUAGUGUUAUGAAUGAGGAACAUCACUUGACGUCGGAUUCUAAUGAUGACGACGACGACAAUGAUGAUACUGUUGUGAAUGAGUUACAUGACUUGAUGUCGGAUUCUGAUGAUGACGACGACGACGAUGAUGAUACUGAACAUAAAUUGAUGUCGAAUUCUGAUGAUGGCGUCGACAACGAC